CAGGCAUUCUCCGGUGGCCGUCUGCAAGUCAACCACCUUCAGCACGGCAUCAGCUCGCAGACCUUCAAGGCACAGGUCGCCAUUGGAUCUUGGCUCGAUACACCACUUAUGCCCGAUCUCAGUGUUGCUACGACAAUCAUGCGAAAGAAAAUGGGAUGGGCAAAGGGAAAAGAGAAGGGAUCAGAGAAGGACACAAUUGACGUUGACUCUGAUUAA